GAAAUGUACGAAGCUUAAUUUAGUCUACUCUGUAUGCAAAAAGAGUUGAAGAAUAACACCAAAGAAAUUAACAGAAAAAUGAGGUAGCUGUGCCAAGUUAUUUUAUGCUAAUGCUAAGUGUUGCUUAUUUAUCAGAAUCACGAGCAUAACAUUUUCAUGAAGGCAAUUGAAUGUAUCCUUCAUGUUUCUACAAAUAUAUAACCAAAGGAUGCUCUGCAAUCACCCAAGAGCAUAUCCCAUAGGCACUAUGUCCCAUGUGCGAGCCUCCCUUGAGAAGCAAGCUGUAGUUCCCAUUCAUAAUGCCGGAUGGAACUCUAAAAGUAGGCUUUUCAUCCAGCAUUUGGCAUAUGGUCAGAAGCACAUUAAUUCCCACACGAAGGGGAAAAACACACUAAUUUCAUGUGGAAAAACAGCUGAAGCUAUCAACGCAUCCAAAUCUGAUGCUUCUUCAGAUAACACUCCACAAGGCUCAUUGGAGAAAAAGCCUUUGCAAACUGCUACUUUUCCUAAUGGAUUUGAGGCUUUGGUAUUAGAGGUCUGUGAUGAGACUGAAAUUGCUGAACUGAAAGUAAAGGUUGGAGAUUUUGAAAUGCAUAUUAAGCGAAACAUUGGAGCAACAAAGGUUCCUUUGUCUAACAUUUCACCAACUACACCACCACCUAUUCCAAGUAAACCUAUGGAUGAAUCAGCACCCGGUAGCCUGCCACCUUCACCACCAAAAUCAUCUCCAGAAAAGAACAACCCAUUUGCAAAUGUUUCCAAAGAGAAAUCACCAAGAUUGGCAGCAUUGGAGGCUUCUGGUACCAAUACCUAUGUCUUAGUAUCAUCUCCCACGGUUGGCUUAUUCCGAAGAGGUAGAACAGUGAAAGGGAAGAAGCAACCUCCUAUCUGUAAAGAGGGUGAUGUAAUCAAAGAAGGGCAAGUCAUAGGGUAUUUGGAUCAAUUUGGCACUGGACUUCCUAUUAAGUCUGAUGUGGCUGGAGAAGUGUUGAAACUACUUGUUGAGGAUGGAGAGCCUGUUGGUUAUGGAGACCCUCUUAUUGCUGUCUUGCCAUCUUUUCAUGACAUCAAGUGAGAUAGCCUUUUCCUGUUAAUGAUUAAUCAUGCGGCAUUUUUUUUAUUAGGGGAGCUAUUCGCGUAUUCGCAAAAGUUUUUAAUAGGUUACAAAUAAAUGUGACUAAAUAUUUGGUACGGAGGUUCCUUAUUGAAAAUCAUACUUUGUAUACCAAUUGCUUAAAUUGUACUGGAUAAGCUAUUCUGAGACCGCCUCAUUAUGUAUCUUACUUGCUGGAGUUUGAUUGCUAGCUUGUCCUUUUAUUUUAUUUAUUUUCUCCCAAAA